GAGAAGACGACGGACGGUGUGCUGAAACAGUGAAACCUCUCUCAGGCUUAUCUUCCGACCGCCACAACUCCGAUCACGUUCAAUUCGCGCUGUUUCGGCAACUGGGAAUUUUUUUCCGAUGAAGGAAAGAGUAAAAGUGAGAAUUGAUAAGAAAGUGAAAGAAAGGAGCAGUGACACUCGAGCUUCGCUGCCGAAACCAGCGAUGAAUUCGGCGGAACAAAUCAAUCGGACCAAACCGGAGAGGAGCAAGAAGUUUGUGUCUUUCGCCUCCGAUUUGAUGAUCCUGGCUAACAAAGCGGCUGAGGAAGACAAAUGUGAACAAGAUGUGUCUCAGGGAAAGCGAGAGCUGAUGAUGCAACCAAGAGCUAAAUCAACUGUGGAAAGUCACAGAGCAAAGAAGGCUCUUAAAGAAGCUAGAUUGAACAAAGGUCUUGAAUUGUACAAAAUUUAUAAGAGGAAGAAAAGAGCCAACGAGUCUGCUGGUCUUAGAGGUUGCACAAAGUUUCUUAGGAACAACUUGUCUGGUUCUCUUCAACAAUUGUCUUUUGAAGAAUUACUGGUUCUUGCGAACGCAGCAGCACAGGAGUAUUUGCCUGUCAGAGUUGAGCAAGAUACAUGUAAGCAGAGCGAAUCUGGCGAGACGGAUUCUGAAGGAAGUUGCUUUGGGUUAUCUGAAGAGCUGCAGAGAAACCAAGAGUUGUUGCAACAAAAGGGUGAAGCAGCACCAGUGAAGGUUGUUGAAGAAGUUAAACCAAACAUAUAUUCUUCUGAUGGUUUUCGGAUAGACAGAUUGUUUGAGAAGAAGUAUGUCCGGAGGAUAAGAGUGAAGAACAAGGAGCAGUUGGAAUCUACAUCAGUUGGAGUGGUUGCAGGGUCUUCUAAUCUUUUCAACAAGUUGUGUGGAAGCAAACCAUCAAGCUUAACUAAUGUGUAUGCAUUGGAGAGAGAAGAAGAGUUGGUGUUGGUGUCCAACAACGGUGAAACUCAGUCAAAAUCUGAACAAAGCCGUUGCAGCGGGAUAAAAAACAAGACGAAGAGCAGAGAUGAGACAGAAACAACCGCAGCUGCAGUUUCCGUCUCCGGGAAAAAGCAGUUUGAUUGUCUUCAUUCAGCAUGGGAGCAGGGGUAUCCCAAGAGAAAACGCAGCCAAAUAAUAAUAAGAAAACCCAAGGAACGGAAGAAGAACUUGAGCGAGAGCAGAGAAGGAAAGAAACAAGCUUGUGACGACAUUGACAGACGCCACAAUUCUGGACAAGAAGCUGAAACAGUGGAGGAGGAGGAGGAUGUUUCUGAUACAUCUAACUCUUCUAGUUGCAACUUGUGUAGUAAUUUCAUCUUUGAUGUUCAAUGGCGCAAGAAAAGGAAGAGAAAUUGCAUGAAACUAGAGGAAGCACAGAGCAACCUCGUGAUCCUUCUAAUUGCUGUAGAAGCAAUCACACAUCAGCUGCGUCUCUUAGACAUUAGCCUUUAGGAGAAGAAAGAGCUCUUAACCUAGUCCUCUGGUUUUGUAUCUAGUCUUAAUACUGUAGAGACUAGUUAAGAUAUAAUAUAUAACCUUUUGAUGUAAAUCUAAUCUGAGUUUUAUUCA